GCAUCAUCUGCGCCCAACGUCAGACUUUGCAGCUCACAGGGCUGCUUUCCAGUUGGCCACCUGAAGGCAACGGGACUGCAGAACAUGAGGCUGGUGCCGCUGCGGCUAUCCGGACUCGGCCUGGAAUGGAGACCCGAGCAUCCAUGCCGCCGCUGUCCUCUCUCGAAAUGGUCCCCACGGCAACUUCUGGCGGAAACACUUUAGUUCCCCCGGGCCGCGUCCUUCUUCGCGACCUCCGGGAUCUCUAGCAGAGAGAGAAGUCGCAUUCUCGCCUGGCCAAUAGGCCGCUGCCGCCCCCUCGGCUCCUCUCCGAGCUUCCGCGUGUUUUUAGAAAGGAAACCCCCGGUAAUAAUCACGCGCCUCUCAAAGGUGGGAGGAAGAGGUUAAGCGCUCAGAGGCUACUCUUGCGCCGCCCCCUUCAGAUAGGGGUGAACCGGUGAGGUAGGAGAGGGUGCCUUGAAAUAACCCCACCUGCCCUAUAAGGCGCCCGGGGAGGAGCUGCCUGCAAAGAUAGCCGGGGCUGGCUUUUCCUUCUUCCUGUCUGCGAAGUUUAUUUCUGCGGGGAAGCCUUCGCCAUGCUGCGAGCCCUGCGGAGGCGCUGGGAGUCUUACAAAUACCGCUUCGUGCCCUGGAUCGCGCUCAAUCUCCGCCACAAGCGCAGGACUCUACGCUUUGUACCAGAAGAAUCUAAAGACAAAAUCAUUUCCGAUGAAGAUGUCCUUCAGACACUCUUGAAAACAUUUAGAUCUUUAUUUGUAAAUGACUUGACUAGACAAAUGCCUCUUCUAAGUUUACUCCCAGAAGUUCAGUCUAAAUAUCUGGAAGUACCAGUUGCCCAGACUGAGACAUCCACAGCAAUUGAUGACAGUCAGCAGAGCCAGAUUACUUUUCAUGCAGAAGACAUUCUGUUUAAUACAUUAGGAUUCAGCAUUGCUCGAAGGCGCAGUUCACUUGUUUCUGCUGGAAAGGGAGUCUUUGUGACCAGAGGGUUUGUUCCGAAAAGGACAGUUGUAGCGAUGUACCCUGGCACAAUGUAUGAAAACUAUGAGCCCAUCUUUUUCCAGUCUGUUGGCAAUCCAUUUAUAUUUAGGUGCAUUGAUGGGGUGCUUAUUGAUGGUAAUGACAAGGGCAUAUCAAAAGCUGUGUACAGGUCAUGCAGCAAGAGAGAUCAGCUUGGUCCUUUAAAAAUGAAUGAUGCCUCUUGGAUUGUAGGCGCUGCACAGAAUCCACUGGCUGUAGGACAAUAUGUCAACAACUGCUCAGCAGACAAAGCAGCCAAUGUGUGCUACCAGGAAUUUGAUAUACCUGAAUGUUUUCCUAUAGAAUUUAAACAGUAUCUUCCCAAUGUAAGUUACAGCCAUGAAGUACAGAGACCAUUGAGAGUUGUAGUUUUGGUUGCUCUCAGAGACAUUGGGCCAGGAGAAGAGCUUUUUUCCAACUACUACACCAUUAUCAGCUGAACCCAAAGAACCAACAGUGGAACAGUUUUGGGCUCCUAAGAGUACUGCUUAUCUUGAGUAACUCAGAAGGCACUCGACUUUAGUGGAUUGCCAAUAUGUGCUCUAAACUGGGCUCUCUUUAAAACAGUUUGGGAAACUACAUUUGUUGCAAAACGUGAUGGCUAGAAUUCUGGCAAACCAGCACCUGUCAAAACAAGUUGAGCACCUUGUCCUUACUCCAACAGGACUGCUUCAGAUUUCUAGGCUCAGGCAAAGUACAGGUUUUGAUCUUCACAACUCAGGCCCAAAAUACCUGACUUUCUGUGCCCAGGUGCUGAUAUGUUCCAGUGGUGGCCGGCGGGCUCUUAGGUAAUCACAAUAGGAAGCCAUUUACAAAUGUGCCUCUCAGGUUAUGGAACUCUCUAUCUGUUCAAGUAUGGCUUUGCAAUAAAAUCUGUCUUUGAGAAGACCUUUGAUAUUUGAUUACUACAAAGAAUGAAUUCAGAGAGUCUUUAAAUUUAUUUAUAUGGCUUUUAUACAGCUAAUAUGAACAAAAUGUUGUUAUUCUAUUUUAGCCAGUGCUGUCAACUUAAUGUUUCUUUUUUAUUUUUAAUCUGCUGUUUGGAAUACUGUUUUCAUGAUAAAUGCAUCUGAAAACA